AAAUGGAUGUACAUCUUGGUCGGCACUGCAGUAGCAGAGAGCGUCGGGUACAUCGUCCGUAACGUCCUCAUCUACCACACAUCCUUGGGCUUGUUUGUCUUCAUGAACCUGUGUCUGCUGCUACCGCCCAAUGCGCUGGCGCUGUUCAACUACAAGACAAUUGGCGAGGUCGUGCGCCGCUCAAACGUGGCGGCACACCGGUUCUGGCUCAAGCCCAAGUUCAUCACAUGGUUCUUCUUUGGCAGCGACAUAUUCUCGUUCCUGAUCCAGGCGACCGGCGGCAGCAUGCAGGCGACAGAGAGCACACGCAAUGCGGGAAAGUACAUUGCCCUGUUUGGCCUGGCGGUCCAGCUUAUUUUCUUUGCCUGCUUCCUUGCAAUUACCAUUUACGUCAAGCGCUCGGCUGCGUAUGUGGUCAGUGCAGGGCCCAAGGACAAGACGGGGACAGGGGCCAAAAUUAAGCUGAUGCGUGUUAUUAUCGCCACCACUAUUCUGCUCUACGUCCGAUCCAUCUACCGUGUGGCAGAGUUUGCUGACGGGUAUGGUGGAAAGAUAUACGGUGCCGAGUGGGCGUUCUACGUGUUCGACUGCCUGGCGAUUCUGUUCAGUUUUGUUAUCUACAUUUUGUGGUUUGUUGGGCAUCACUUCCCACCCCGU